UAAGUGUUUUAAAUCGACACGAGUUGCAAAUUACCUAUUCGCACAUGUGUCGUACAACGUUUUACAGUACAUAUGGCCCUUUAAAUGUUCGACACAGUAACGUAAUAUGCUAAUUUUCGCACUAGUGCGGUAAAGUAGCACCAUAUGUACUGUAAAUAAAAUUAUAAGUAAGCAAGUAUGAAGCCUACAACGACCCCAACAAAUCGCGACGAUAAGUUGAAUUGUUACAUCUGUAAGCCUCUUCUGACCUGUUGGAUGACAUUUACAUUUGCCUGUCUGUUUAGUCUGUGGGACAAUCCGUCCGCGAGCGGUUGUUGUCUUAUAUUACUAUUAUUUUAUUUAGUUUGAUUAUGAUUAUGAAGUUGAAAUAGCUUAUUGAAUCUUAGGUUUUAAGUAUUUUAUCUCCUUCUGUUGCAAAAUCGUGUAUUGAUUUGUAACAAGUUGUUUUUUUGUUCAGUGAAAAAUUAAAGAGCUAUUUAAAUUAUUCAUUCUUUGUCUGAUAGUUUGCAGUCGAAAACAAUAGAAAGUGAGGAAGAAUUAAGCAAAAAUAAAGGAUUAAAUGGCACGGUGAUUGACAACGCUGUUUCGAAUAAUAUAUCAGAACGGCUCAAAGGUGACGAAGGCUCAACAUGACGGUGGAGAAGAGCAAAGGUGCUCAGAUGAAGAUGAUCCCGCCCACGACGCGGAAGGUCGCUCCCGACGGCGGGUGGGCGUGGAUGGUCUGCUUAGGUGUCAGCUUAGUUAAUUUUUCAACGCGUUCACUGGAGCCGUCGUUUGGUCUCCUGUUUAAAGAUCUGCUGGACGAACUAGGCGUCCGGACGACGGGCGCGUCCGUCAUCGCGAGCACACUCGACUCUGUCGUCAACUUCUCCGGGUUCUUCGUGGGGCCUGUCAUAAAGACCUUCUCCUACAGAAAAGUCUGCCUUGUCGGCUCGACAAUAUGCGCCCUGGGUCUAUUGUUCACAGCCCCGGCUAACAGCAUGGCCCAUAUCUUAGCCACGUACAGCAUUCUAGGGGGAUUCGGCGUAGGACUUGCGUCAUCGUCGUCUUUCGUGUCGCUGAAUCACUACUUCACCAAGAAGCGAGGCCAGGCCGUCGGCCUCUCCAUGGCCGGCACCGGCUUCGGCCUCAUGGUGAUGCCGCAACUAGUCAAGAUACUGCUCGAGGAGUACGGGUUCCGGUGGACGGUGGUGAUCCUCGGCGGCCUCGCCUUCCACGCCGUGCUGGGCUCCUGCCUUCUGCAGCCCGUCAAACGGCAUCUCAAAGAGGAGCCGGUUGACUGUGAAAUGCAGACAGUUAAGGAGAUGGAGUGUAUAUUGGAGAGCGACGAAGAGGAGGUGGACAAGUUCGAGAUCAACCCCCUGGUGGCGCACCCGAUGCCGAAGCUGACGACGCAGCGCUCGCACGGCAACAUGAGCGCGAGCGCCAACCACCCGUCCGUGCGCACCGUGGGCAUGCCGCGCGCCGCCACGGCCGACAAGCCGCUGCAGGACUUCGACAACAAGGACAAAUUAGCUUUCAGCUUGAAUACGUCGCUGUCGGUGGCGGCCAUGCCGCGCGUGACGUCGGCGGCCAACAUGAGCGAGGUGCGCCGGCGCAAGGUCUCCGUCAUCUCCAACAUCUCCAACAUGGACUUCACCGGCAGCUACCUGCAGCUCUAUCUCGAUACAGCCGACGAAGAUGCCUUACAAAUGAAAACUUUAAAAAAAUCUGAGCCAGAGGAGGAGAAAAAGAAAGGCUUCCUAAGAAAGUUCAUAGAUUUAAUGGACUUAGAUUUACUGAAAGACUGGUCGUUUUUGAACCUUUUACUCGGGCUCUCGCUGUUUUGGAGCGGGGAGCUGCAGUUCAGAAUGUUGACGCCCUUCUUUAUCAGAGACUUGGGCUACAACAUGGAGGAUACAGCGUUCUGCCUUUCUAUGACCGCCAUCACAGAUAUUUUGGUGCGAUUAAUAUUGCCCCCUAUUUUUGACAGAACAACUAUAUCCAAGAAAAUGAUAUUUUUCAUAUCAGCUUUUUUUUUGGCGGCUACGAGAUCAGUGCUCGCGGAGCAAAGGGAAUGGGUGCCGCUCAUGAUCUGGCUGUCCAUCUGCGGCUUCUUCCGCGGCAUGUGCCUGAGCAACUUCACGCUCACCAUCUCCGAGUACUGCCCGCUCGAGAAGCUGCCGGCAGCCUUCGGCCUGCACAUGGUCGGCAAGGGCGUCUUCGUUGUUAUCAUCGGACCUAUUAUUGGUUUCGUCCGCGACUACUCAGGCAGCUUCUCGUUGUGCAUCCACGUGCAGAACGCGCUGAUCAUGUCGUGCGUGCUCGUGUGGGGCGUGGAGUACGCGCUGGCCUUCACGCGCCGCCGCAAGGUCGUGCAGAUCUAGUGUGCCCUGUGUGUCCUGUUGUCUGCGCUCUGCUUCUCACCCGAGGACCAUGGCUUGCACGCACCAAGCGUGCGCAGUGCGCUUUGCACCGUGCAUCGUGCACGCUGGACACCGACGCUAUCGCCGACCGCCAUACAUUUGUUAAAACGAAUGCACGCUCGGAGCGUGCGUUCCGUGGCUGAGGCGUUGGAAUUUAUGGGUGUUUAAAAAAAAUUGGGGCCGUAAUUAGUCUUCUGUGAAUUGAUCCCAAUGUUUUACGAAACAGAAGCAGUUUUAAUUUAAAUGUAAUACAGUACAACUUAUAUGGUUAAUUUUUUUAACAAAAUGGGAUCAAUUAACUUUAGAUUAAUAACAAUCCUAAACUACUUUUUUUUAGUUUACCCCUAUGUGAUCAGAGUAGCUAUUUUACUGCUCUUGUAUACAAAUGUCUGGGUGACGUUGACAUAUUUUUAAUCUAAUUUAAGCGAAUGAAGUUUAUUUUAUGCCGAUCAUGACUUUUCUCAAUAUUUUGAUAUUAUUUUCUUGCCUUUUUAAAAUUUUAGACGUUCAAUCGCGACCACAGUAGGUACGUUUCGGUCGAAGCCAAUUAUGAUAUGAUCGAAGGGCAUAUAUUUUUGUUAUGACGAUUUAUUAAUUACCUAUAAUUAUUGAAUUGCACUAUUCGUAGGUUCUUUAACAGAAUGACAAUCCGAUUAACUGUUUUGGCGUUAAGAUUUUUUGUUAUGCUGAUAUUUUGUAGUCUAGUUUUUAAGUGUUGUUUACGGUGCUAGAUUUCAGACGAAUACUAUAAUUUUAGUCCCUAACAGAUAAUAAGUAAAUAUUGAUACUUAGUAUUUGUUGGGGACCGUAUAGUCGUAUAUUAUACCGGCUGCGAUCGGAAUGAGGAUAGAAUAUAUUGACUUACCAUAAUAGUACAUUACGAUACAAGUGCGAAAAAUAGGAAAUUCGAAACGAGUGGCGAUAAAUUAAAACACGACCGAAGGGAGUGUUUUAAAUCGACACGAGUUGCGAAUUACCUAUUCGCACAUGUAUCGUACAACGUUUUACAGUACAUAUGGCCCUUUAAAUGUUCGACACAGUGACAUAAUAUGCUACUUCUCGCACUAGUGCUAUAAAGUAGCCCCAUAUGUACUGUAAAAUUAGAUUAUGAUUAAAAAAUUGGAAGAUGAUCUUGUAGGUCCUAGAAAUGCUAAAUUGCAUUUUUCAUUGUAUGGCGUAAAUUAUAGGUACUUGUUUAGAAUGAGCUCUAGUUUUUUACUUUAAGCGGGUCUGGACGAAAUCUGAACAGAAACAAUGUAAUAAAACCGGAGUGGUUUUUUAGCAUUUCUAGGAUCACCCAAAACUUGAUAACUCCUUGGCGAACAUAAGAACUCUAAUUCACGUUGACAGCCAAUUUCUAAUCUUAUUAUGAUCGCUGCUCUCAGUACUGUAACUGUAAUUAUAUUGACAUGAUUUGUAUGAGUCUGAAAACUUGUUCCUUCAUUAUUAUUCUAUUACUUUCCAGUGAAUGACUUAUUUGAAAACAGACACGUGAUCGAGUGAUGUGUGUAACUGUUAGCUAUUACCAGGCAAUACCAACAUUGUAACAUAAACGGAUUCGGAUCUUUGAUCUUAUAUGUGACGUUUUCAAGACUUUUCUAGUUUUAAAUAAGGCCAGUUUCAAUAUUUAUAACAAUAUUUUUGCAAAACGUACAUAUGGAAUGGAUCCGACUUAUGUUCCAUUUUUGUGACGGUUUGGUCUGUAGAUUAAGAUUUAGACGGACAAGAACUUGCAUACGAUUUUCGUUACAUUGCGAUAUUUCGUCGAUCGACUAAUUUUAUUGUAGUCUAAGGUCUGCGUACAGUCACGUCUGAAAAUAUCGAUACGAAAAAAGUGCCAAAAAUAUGUAUACACAACCUUAAUAUAUGGGCAAUAAAGUCGUGUAUACAUAUUUUUGGAACUUUGUUCGUAUCGAUAUAUUCAAACGUGCCGUUCAAUCACGAAUUUAUUGUAUGAACCCCUACAACCUCACGAAUUUCCGUGACCAUAGACAAUCCGCCCAUUCUGGUGUUAAUUCAGUUCGUCUGGAUGCGCCUUUAGCAUAAAUUAUCUUAAUAAAAAAAUCAUCUCCUACACCGCGCCAUCUAGUUUACACUUUUGUCCCUAGUGAGCUAAUGAGAGUAAUAAGAAAAGUCAUCUUCUGUACUAGCGACCUCUAGUUUAUUUUGGCGUAAUAGUAACAAGAGUGACACUGGGGAAUGACAGUAGAUGCGUGCGUGAAUGAAGAAGAACAAAUAAGUUGCACUAUUUUGCAGUUUUGAGAGAUGUUUGAUGAAAUCUGACACUGUUGAGUUUUAAUAUGUUUCGAUUUAGACGUAAUAUUUUUUAUUGUUUACGCAAGUAUCAACACGUCUUAGGAAAAUGCUAGGGUUUUGGAAAAAAUAUUGUCAAUCCGCAAUUUGGGCACAAUCACGCCAUCUUUUGGUGGCUAGUCGGCAGGACAUCCCUAGACAUCUACCUUAAGCAAUGUAUCGAAUAUUGCAUGCUCCAUGCAAGUUCUUUAUCUGGCUAAAUGGCACUUUAGCUUGGAAGCCGAUUUCAAUCAUAGACGGUUAUAGUUGUAAUAAAAAUAGACAUAGAUCUCUUUGAAAUCAAUGGUCGCAAAUUUAAUGACAAAUCCAGUGAACUUAUCAUGACAUUUAUGAACAGGGAACGGAAUUUUGGUACGGAGGACAUAGUAAUUAGUUUACAGAUACUCUUAAUUUCAGAUGAAGCACAUACAAAUUUAAUUUAAAAUGUAUUUAAAUGAAGACCAAGAUCUCCCUUUGUUUCAAUUUGUAGCGUUCAGUACCCCUAGUGUAAAUUUAUUCUAUAGUGUGACGUGCCGUACGCGUUUGCGUUAAGUCUCAUUUUGUAUGGGAUUUUGAGUUUCGAAAACGUCCCACUCGGUGCGCUGUUUCUAAAUCCCAUACUAAAUGAGACUUAACACAAACGCGUUUGUUAUGUUACGCUAUCGAAUAAAUUUACACUAGGGGUACCGUUAACGUUAAAACUUUCCAACAGUUUAUUUGCGUUUUUUUCUUGCUUGUGGGCGAUUUAUUGGCGUGGCAAUUACAAUACAUAACAAACAUUAUAAUUUUUAAAGGAUUUUAUAUAUAAGUUAAUUAUGUAACCCGCACCCAACUUUCGCUCCAUUUUCAUAUCACGAUAUCCAUAGGUAAGCAACACGUUGUAAGUAAUAAACCCCUUAUUCAUAAACGUGUACUAAAGUUACGAUGCCGCUAAUCAUCGUUUGUCCCUUUCCAUCAUAUCAAUACGUCGGAAAGGGACAAACGAUGAUUAGCGGAAUCGUAACUUUAGUACACGUUUAUGAAUAAGGGGGUAAGUGGGUUGCAAGCAAAUUGAUAUCGGAGCCGAAUUCUAAACAUUAGUAUUAAACUUCGUUUAGGUAACUAUUACACUAGGGAGUCAAGGGCUAGCCAAACUUGCCGUCAUGUUGUGGCUAUAUUAAGAGGAAUGAGAACGGCCGUGUUCUAUACAAACGUAGUCCCCAUUUUCCACUCAUCAUCUCAUUUCAUCUCAUCUCAUAUUAACCGUAGCAAACGUAGGGGACGUUUGACUUUUUUCGAUUUUUUGAUUAUUGUAAGAAAUAGGAGCAAAAAACAGAUUUCAUACAAAUUUUAAAUGCUCCUUAAAAUUUCGAUAACAAUCAAACGUAGGGGCAUAGCAACGAUAUCAACCACAGCUGAUAUAUAACCAAUUGUGUGAUAAUAUUUUCAAUAAUAUUAAUAUCCAUAGAGGAAAAUGAGGACUACGUUUGUAUGAAAAAGUGAUUUUGCGCGGGUCCUUCAUUUUCGCCUUAACAGCGUCACUCACACUAAACAGUGAAAUCAUAAGUUUUACAACAUGAUGUCAUUCUGAGUUCGUUUGUGCUAGCCCUUCAUGAGUUAAGUACAUGAAUUUGAAACUCUUUCGAUAUUUUUGUAAUAAUCAUAUUUUUAGAUGUCUGUUUGUAGUUUUGAAGGGUUUUUAGGUGUGUAUAUUCAGAAAACAUGUAGUUUAUUAAAUAGUGAGACUUGAUAUCAAAGACCCUACUUUAAAUUAUUAGCAUUAGCGCAUUUAUUGUAUCGUAUUAUAAAACCUGAAUUUAUUAUAUAGAAGCAGAUUAUACACUUAUAGACUUAUAUCCUGACUGAGCGCAGUGAAAUUUACUCUCACCUAAUUUCUUAGGUCAUAAGUUGUGUCAAAAAGGUUUUGACUGAUAAAAUUAAAUAAUAACAGCUUAAUAAAAACAGUUUGCCAUGAUUUGUUUUACAAAUUUAGAUCGCGAUUUUAUUUAUUACUUGUUUAUUUUGGGAUUGUCUUUAAACGCAAAUACGCGGCUGGAUUGUGAACAAUUAUGCUUUACAAAAGGGAGUAAAAAUCAGUGUUACAUUAAUAAAAUAGGUACGUAUAAUUGUUUAUUUGUAUGAAUCAUCUUUAUUAGAACAUUACUUUAUGACCAGCAUUUAGUUCUCCGACAAGUCUGUACGUCAGCUAAUACCCUUCAAACUUGGGGUACUUUUCAGUAACACGCUUAUUUGACUGCUAUCCAACGAGUAGGUUUGGUAAAACACGUACAGUUGAAUGCAACUGUGUCUUCUUUCUUAAAAUAUAUAAAUCAUGUGUAUUGGUAUUGCCAAACAAUUUUGCCAAUACCAAUACACAUGAUUUAUAUAUAUUGAGAAAAAUAAUAAAGGAACAGCUUUGGUUUUACGUACGCUUCAACUACGUGAAAAAGAUCAAUAAAUAGAUACGGAUCAAAAUCCCCUUGAAAAGGUCGCGUAUUUUUUGCAUGUUUUUUUUAUUUAUUAUAAAUAACGUUAAAUUCUAUUAUAAGUAAUUACGCAUUAAAUAAGCUUUCAGCCCAUUUAUAUGAAUAUAAAUCUUUGUGACACAACUUAUGACCUACUAAUAAGUAGUCUGACAUAAACAUUUACUUAAUAAACUUAAAUAAAACAAAGGUAUUUUGGGAGUUGCAAGUUGGUGGGUCAGGCCGCCACCUUUGCCACAUGUCACCACAGAGAAAUAAGUAAGCUAAGAGCGCUCAUUCCAUACAUAGAUAAAAUCCAUUUAUAAUAAGUUUUAAGCGACCUUUUCGUAAUCUUAUUUGUAAUAAGAUUUAAGCUUAAUAAGUAUUCAGUUUUAAAUGUGUUUUAUACUUAUAUAUAAUACGUAUUAACUAACAUACCUCCCAUACAACUUAUCAUUUAUUAAGUAAGGAAACUGGAGUGAGCACUCUAACCUCACUUAUUUCUCUAUGAUGUGACAUAAAUAAAUAUCAAGCAUAUCAUAUAUAUGAGAUGAACAAUCAUACAGUGCGAUAAAACGUGCAUCGUAAUUAUUCUUAUAAUUACGACUCACAAAACGGGUAAUUUGGAACUAAAAAAAUUGCUCUAAUAGGAUUUUUUUUAUAUUAGCCUUUUUUGUUUGUUUUUCGCGAGGGUUACGUGUGUCUUAAGCGUUAAUUUUAUCCAAUUACUUACCAUACAAUGUAUACCAUACAUAUAGUGAUACUGCAGAAACAUGCGGACUGACUAAAUAUGGCAUCAAUAAGUGUUAGUGUUAUUUUCAAAAUCACUUGGUGGUUUUGUUGGUGUCGAAUGACUUGCGUAAAACAUACAAAAAAAGUAAUAUUCACCUUCGACUCCUUCGAGUAUAAAUGGAGCAAUAUAAUAUUUAAAAAAAGACUCGACAAUAAAAAUAGUGGCUGAAUAAAAGUCAAGAAAACCAAGCAUAACACCACCUUUUUCAUGGUAUUAAAAGUCCUCCAACGUUUUCACGUAUGCAGAAUGAAAGGUAAAAAGGCCUUACACAAAAAAAAAUGGUCUUGAAAGCCCACAUAGUUCAUGAAAUAAUGGCACACAAAAGUGCCAAUUUUGUUUUGGUUCACCUGAAAAGUAGAUUGUUUCCAUAUCCGACUGUAUGGAACUGGAGGUGAGAUAUAAUUAUGUAAUGAAAAUAUCUCUAUACAGGAUUAAAUGAAUAAUGACUACUUGACUUUAGACAAGAUAGAAACAGGCGAAGAUGAUCACAGAUAAAACGUACCUAGCAAUAAUGACGGUCUAACUUUUGUAUGUACAGCGGUAAAUCUAUUGUUGUAUUUUUAAGUAUAUAAUGUUUUGUUAUUUUCUACACAUGUAAUAGAGAUAAUUAAGCUUGUCUUCCAAAUUUCCUUAAACUGUCUGUGUUUAUAUAUAUUAUACUUUAAAUGUAGGCGUUUAUACUGUUUACAUCGUGAAUUUACAUUUCUUACUUAACUCCAAAGGUACUUAACGCGUUCGUAGAAAUGAAAAUUAUAAAUCAUUUAUAUGUACAAGAAUUUGACAAAUCGGUCUCUAAAUAAAUAUUAUGAUGAUAUAUAAAAUGAAAUCGAAUAAAGUACUUACGUACCCGGUGUACUUCAUAAAUAUCGUAAGAACCGGCUAUAUUUAAUUUACCAACACGGUGUAAUUCUAAUGGCGCAUUUAUAUUCGUGGGCUAGUGGCAAGUCGAGCCGCGAGCCGAGCCACGAGACGCGUAUGCAAACGGUGGGCUCGUGGUUGGGCUCGCCACUCGCCGGGCUCGCAUCCGAAGCGGGUUUUUGGGCACGAGUCAAAGGGACGCGCGCUUGGUGUUUACUUUCGCGUCCGGCUUUUCAUUUGGUUACAAACCUUAUACCGUGCCGCUUGUGUUUAAAAUUGAAUAGCUCGAGGAGCUUACGAUCUGUGGUAGAGACACGAGACGAGCUGCGAGCCGAGCUAUGAGCCGCGAAUGUAAAUCCGCGGUAAAGAAAUAAGUACUUAAUUAAAACAAAUUUAAUUAUACCUAUUAAGAAGUGCCAUUUUAAUCGUACAUCUUUUUAUUGAAAAUAUAUGUGCCAAAUUGAAUGAGACGCCUUUACAUGAUCGUGUUUCAUGUUGUGUAUGCGUGCGUAGCGCUGCUUUAUUUUGAUAGAUUAAGCAUUUAUUGAUUACUUAUUCACUGAUAUGUGUGAUACAUAUCUGACCAUGAUCAGUGCUGAUAGAUUUAUUAAGGGAAUUGGUUGAUUGUAGAGUUAAAUGCGAUUCCGCUUGAUUUUUUAUAACGGUUCCGAAUUUAUAAUAACUCGAUAAUAAAAUUUGAUAGGUAAUACCUACAUAAUAAUAUAACAAAAUAAUAAUUUAGAAAAAAAAAAACAAUCAGCCCCGUAGGUAAUUGCCAAAUAAUUCAUAGCAUCCUAGUACUGGCGAUGGCGAUGUACAGUCACCUUAAAUAAUAUUACCAAGAAUAUGUGACACGCUCUUCUGGGUCUAUAAAUAAGAUCGUGUCAGAUAUUUUUGCGGCUUUCAUAGUUAACAUAUUAUUGCAGGUGACUAGUGACUGUACACGUGUUUGAACAUCAAAUUAUUUUUUUAUAAAAAUUAAAGUAAAAAUUUGAUAUCGUUGUCGCAUGUAGGUAUAAAUUUUGACAUUUUUUGAUUAAAAAUCAGAUUGUUUAUUGUUUACGAGCUAACCUCUCGAGCUCUCCAAGCCCAUGACAGAUAUAAUUUUGGAAUAAGUAAUAAAUAACCAGACAUAGAAGUUUUAGUGGCACAAACGAGUGUUUGAGAAAAUGAAACAUCGAUCAAUCUGUUAUCGAUAAGUCAGUUAUAGAUUAAUAAUUAAAAAAUCUAACUUCUACUUGCUCUAAAUUACCGAGAAAUAUCAAGACUGCAAAUCAAUUACAAAUCAGUACAUACUUUUUCUAUGACAUAUAGUUAGUACUUAAUAAUUAACGUAAACUUUAGUAUACAGUGCCAAUAAUAAUAGAAAACUACCAAUAUAUCGAAGAAGAUAUCGAACGUGUUUUGUAUUUCGCGGUUGCUAUCUUAUACAAUGUUAAAAAAAUAUCUAUAACGUCAAGGUAACAUCGAUAACAGACAUGUCGAUAUUUUAUUUUGUCAACCACUUUAUUUUGCCACAAACACUUCUAUGUCUGGUAAUAUCGUUAUGUAUCAAUGAAAUAUUGUUGCAAUUACAACUGCCCAACUGUAUAAUGCAUUGACUAUGACUAUGAAUGUUUGUUUAAUCGUUAUAGGAACCUUUGUUAUGUGAUGUGAUUUUUUUAACAAUGACGUUAAAAAAAUAGAUUAUUUAAACUAUGUUCUGCUGCUCUCCAAAGGAAAGGGGCAAUAAGCAAAGAACACACCUGCUCUUAACCCUUGUCCAGGCAUAGUACGCGCCAAUAGAAUUUCAACUUAAGCAUUCCGAUUUAAGGAUUUACCUUUGGAAUUGGAUUGCACUUUCGGGAAAUGUGACUUGUCUUUAAAUGAAUCAUCAUAUCAUCAAAGCUAAUUGGAAUAGCUUUGGAUGUUUUGGGAAAAGCUUGUAGAUUGGUGCGGCCUGGAAAAGGGUUAAUGCGUUUUUUUUUUCCUUUGGAAGGCACUCCAUGUUAUGUUGUAUGACUUGUAUGGUGCAAGAUUGUUAGUUAAUUUCUAGUUUCUGUAUCAUGAAGAUUUAUAGCAAAUAUAUAAAUAGGUAAAAAUAUGGAAAAAGACAACGGAAUAAAUUUAAUUCGGUUACCGA